AAUAUGUAAUUAAACACAAGGAGCAGGAAUCGUCUCGAACGGGCACAGAGAAAUAAAGGUGAGGCCGAUUUCUAGAGGCUUCUGGACCCUUGGUUCCUCAGAUCUCCGCUGCGAAUCUCUUUCUCUCAAUUUAGGCAAUUCUGAGACUCCAUUGCGGCCUCCAAAACCCUAGAAACUCCAUCUCUAUAUCCAUCAACGUCACUUCUCAGACAAACGACGCUGUUUCUUGUGCCCACACCAAUCUACUCCCUUGAUUUCGCAGCAAUGUCUGGUCAGGGAGGAGUCUCGAUCAGCCGGAGCCGCAACGGCCACCGAUUCUACGACCCUCCCGCCGUGAGAAGAAAUCAACAGCAGCAACAGCAGCAACAGCAGCAGCAGCAGCAACAGCAGCAGCAUCAGCAUCAGCAACAGCAGCAGCAGCAGCAGAUGGUGCAUCGGCAACAGGUCCAGAAGCCGUUGAAGCACAAGGCUGCAGCCGAGCCGGAGAGCAGAACCGAGCUCGAUGAUUGCUCAUCAACGUGUUCGGUUUCUCACCAGGGACUCGGCGAUUCCACCAAUUUGGAUCGGUUCUUGGAGUACACCACUCCGGUGGUUCCGGCGCAGCACUUCCCCAAGACGAGCAUGAGGGGAUGGAGAAAUCAUCAAACAGAGUUUCAUCCAUACUUCAUCCUUGGGGACUUAUGGGAAUCGUUCAAGGAGUGGAGUGCAUAUGGAGCGGGAGUUCCUCUUUUGUUGAAUGGAAGUGAAUCCGUUGUGCAGUACUAUGUGCCUUACUUGUCUGGCAUUCAACUUUAUAUAGACCCAUCAAAGCCCUCCCCCAGGCUAAGGCGACCUGGUGAAGAGAGUGAUGCAGAAUCAUCCAGGGAAACAAGUAGUGACGGCAGUGCUGAUUAUGGAGUAGAAAGAGGUGCCAAUAGUGUUGCUCAGGGGCCUUGGAGCCAACAGAAACUUGCAGAUGUGAAUACCCAGAAUAUGAAUAGACUCUCUCUGAGAAAUAAACCCUUCAUGGGUUCACCAAGUGGUGAGGGCGAGGUUUCCAACCCUCCAGGUUUACUUUUGUUUGAGUACUUGGAGCAGGAUUCCCCAUAUGGUCGAGAACCUUUGGCUGAUAAGAUAUCAGUUCUUGCAUCUAAGUUUCCAGAACUAAGGACAUACAGAAGCUGUGAUCUAUUGCCUUCAAGUUGGGUUUCUGUGGCUUGGUACCCCAUUUAUAGGAUACCCAUGGGUCCAACUCUACAGAAUCUGGACGCCUGCUUCUUAACAUUUCAUUCCCUGUCAACACCCUUCCAAAGUAUCUCUCUUUUUCCCAUCCUCUGUUUAUAUGUACAUGUACAUGUGCACAUGCAUGAGCAUGAAUUCAUCUGCUUCUGCAUGCAGGUUGUGAUAGAAUUUCCAUCUUGUUUGAGACAGGUGCAAACACUGAUUGGCUGGAUUUUCGUGGGUCAAGUGUUCAGGAGGUCCAUGGUGCUGGCAUGCCCUUCAAGCUGUCAUUAUCCAUCCUUGGGCUUGCUUUCUACAAGUUCAAAGUUUCUGUUUGGAAUCACAAUGGAGUCAAUGAAUGUCCAAAGGCCAAUUCUCUAUUGCGAGCUGCUGAUAAUUGGCUCAGAAGUUUGCAAGUUAAUCAUCCUGACUACCAGUUCUUUGUGUCCCACAAUUCAUAUAGGAGGUGAGAUAGAGAGAAUUUUUCCUAGUCAGACUCUGUUUCGUUUUUUUAGGAUGCAAAGGGAUCCAUACUUCUAGUUUUGGAAAAGAAGCCCAUUGCACAUAUGCAGCAAUUGUCCCCCAAUGUUUUAGAUUUUUGGUCAGUCAUAGAGCACUGUGUCUUCACAGCCUCAGGCCUACUAUAUAUGCCUUUUCCUUUUAUCUGGUGGCACGCCUUAUGUUGGAUUAAAGAAGUGCCAGAAAUGCUCUACUUCUUCACAUUCAUGAGGGCACGGUAGGCAGAAGGAUGAUGGCAAUGUAAUAAUAGUCAGUUAAUGGCUGUUGAGAUGUGCUGGGGAAGUGUUUUUAAGGUAAGAGGUGUGGAAUAUGUGAUAUUCCAGUGCAACUGGCAGGGCUUUCCAAUGAUAACCUGUAUGAAUGAUUUUGUGAAGCUAGGAGUUAGCCUAUUAAGGUUGAUAAACUGAAAAUAUCAGCAAAUGCAGCUUGUUAAGCAGAGAUGGUGAUGAUGAUGAUGAAAAAUUGGGGAUAUUUUGUAUAUUUGAUAUGUUUGUCUAAUACUGUAAACUGGCAGCUUACAGAAUUUGGCUGCCUUUUUUCCCAUAUGCUAAUGGUUGACAUGUAUACUAUUAGUCCUUUUUAGUUUAA